AUGAAGCUGUGCGUGCGGUCGGUUGGAGUACCGUCGGCUCGGAUACAGAACGAUCUGAAAAACAUUAUCGGUGGUGUUCGUUCGCUUGUGUGUGAACUAGCAAACAAUUCUAAGCCAUCGCAAUCCAUUCAGAGACUAACUUAUCUGACGCGUGUACGGGAGGAUCAAGUUUUACCCAAUAUAUUAAUAACCGGGACACCUGGAUGUGGUAAAACCACGCUGGCAACUGAGCUGGCUCGUGUUAGUGGCCUGAGUUACGUCUCUGUCAACGAUAUUGCCAAGGAGGGUGGACUUUAUGAUGGCUUUGAUGAGGUAAACGAAUGCCACGUUCUGGAUGAAGACCGCGUAAUAGAUGAAAUCGAACCAAAGAUACAAGAGGGUGGACAGAUUCUUGAUUACCAUUCCUGCGAUUUUUUCCCUGAAAGAUGGUUUGAUGCGAUCUUUGUGCUCCGUACUGACAACCAAAUUCUGUAUCCAAGACUCGCGUCUCGAGGGUACAACUCGAAGAAAAUCCAGGAUUUAAUUCAUUGUGAAAUCGUUCAGGUCGUUCUCGACGAGGCUCGUGAUUCCUACGACGCCGAGAUCGUUCAUGAGCUAAAAAGCGAUACGCCCGAAAAUCUGACGCAAAACAUUGAGAGGAUUGCUGCUUGGAUUCAGCUUUGGAAGAAGAAUCACAGCAAAUGA